CCGGCGGGCGUGAGGCGGGGGCGCCGCGCUGCCGGGGAGGCGCUCGCUCGCGCGCUCGCCGUGCGCCAGCGGCCCAUUGAGGAAUUUCCAGACCUUUCACGGAAAGGCUGCUUUUUCUCCCUUUUUCCAAGGACGUUGGUAAGCGCGGUCCCGGCGGCGGGCCGGACCUGAGCGGCCGCCGCGGCGCGCACGCCGCUGCACGGUGGCGGCGGCGGGGCUCGGCCCGGCUGGGGUCCCUGUGGCCGCGGCCCGCGGCGCUGGCCGGCGGGGGGCCCGGGGGGCCCGCGCCCGCUCUCCGCGGUGAGCGCCGACAUGCCGGGGGCGCGUUCUUCCUGCGGUCCGCGCCGGAGCCCGCAGCGCCAGCCGUGAAGAGAUUUGCGGUCGGGGGUUCGUUUUCUGAGAAGGUCACAGUUUUUCCUCUUUUUCUUUCGGUUUUUUUCUUCUUCUUUUUCUUUUCCCUACGGCGGGGGAGGGGACCGGGGUUCAAGAAAGGACAGCAUGCUGGCCGGUGCGAGUAGAGUGGAGCCUCAGUUCCCGGGGUCCUGAGAGCCCAGCGCACGGCACCCGACCAUCCGGCCGCGAGCGGGGAGGCCCUCCUGCCGCCUCUCUUGACCAUCGCAGCCCAUUCGGCCCCGAUCCCGACGUCCACACUGCAGGACCCUGGCGGCGCGGACGCGCUGAGGAACCAUGAGUGUAAGGUUGCCCCAGAGCAUAGACAGGUUAAGUAGCCUGUCUUUGGGAGACCCGGCGCCCGGACGCAGGCCUUCUUCCCACCUCCGCCAGCCCUCUGACGCCUCUGACGCCUCUGACACAGCAGGUCUUGUUCAGCGCUGUGUCAUCAUCCAAAAGGACCAGCAUGGCUUCGGCUUCACCGUCAGCGGGGAUCGUAUCGUCCUGGUGCAGUCCGUGCGGCCCGGAGGGGCAGCCAUGAGAGCUGGUGUCAAAGAAGGCGACCGGAUCAUCAAAGUGAACGGCACCAUGGUGACCAACAGCUCCCACCUGGAGGUGGUAAAGCUUAUCAAAUCUGGUGCCUACGUUGCACUGACCCUCCUGGGCUCUUCCCCCUCAUCCGUCAGCGUCUCUGGGCUGCAGCAGGACCCAGCCCCAGCCGGAGCCCCCCGAGUCGCCCCCACGGUCCCACCGCCGCCUCCGCCUCCGCCUCCGCCCCCUCCACAGCACAUCACGGGGCCCAAACCACUGCAGGAUCCCGAAUUCCAAAAACAUGCCACCCAGAUCCUUCGGAAUAUGCUGAAGCAGGAGGAAAAGGAGUUACAGCGGAUCUGCGAGGUGUACAGCCGGAACCCCGCCAGCCCGCUGGAAGAACAGAUGGAGGGCGCCCGGAGGCGCGUCACUCAGUUACAGCGGAAGAUCCAGCAGGAGACGGGUGGCUCGGCGGACCUGCUGUCCCUGUACGGUGACACCAGCCAGAGGUCGUCAGAAGGCCGGCUCUCUCUGGAUUCCCAGGAGGGGGACAGCGGCUUGGACUUUGGGGCAGAGCGCUUCCCCUCCCUCGGCGAGGUGCUGAAGAAUCGGAACUCGGCACUGUCAGACCCUGGGCUGGACAGUCCCCGAACCUCCCCUGUGAUCGUGGCCAGGGUGUCCCAGCACCAUCGGCGGCAGGGCUCGGACGCACCAGUGCCCGGCGCCAGCGACCAGGGCACAGACCAAAGCCCAAAGCCUUUAAUUAUUGGCCCAGAGGAAGACUGUGACCCGGGUUAUUUCAACAACGAGAGCGACAUCAUAUUCCAGGACCUCGAGAAGCUGAAGGCCCGGCCAGCCCACCUGGGGGUUUUCCUGCGGUACAUCUUCUCUCAGGCGGACCCCAGCCCGCUGCUUUUUUACUUGUGUGCCGAAGUUUAUCAGCAGACAAACCCCAAGGAUUCCCGAAGCUUGGGAAAAGACAUCUGGAAUAUUUUCCUAGAGAAAAACGCGCCACUGAGAGUGAAGGUCCCAGAGGUGUUGCAGACUGAAAUUGACUCACGUCUGCGCAGCAGCGAGGACGUCCGCGCUGCCCUCCGGGAAGCCCAGGAGGCGGCCAUGCCCGAGAUCCAGGAGCAGAUCCAGGACUACAGAACGAAGCGCACCCUGGGGCUGGGCAGUCUGUACGGUGAGAAUGACCUGCUGGACCUGGACGGCGACCCUCUCCGAGAACGCCAAGUGGCCGAGAAGCAGCUGGCUGCCCUGGGAGACAUCCUGUCCAAGUACGAGGAGGACAGGAGCGCCCCCAUGGACUUCGCCCUCAAUACCUACAUGAGCCACGCCGGGCUCCGUCUUCGAGAGGCACGGCCUUCUGGCGCAGCCGAAAAGGCUCAGGCAGCUCCUGACAAGGACAAGUGGCUGCCCUUCUUCCCAAAGACCAAGAAGCAGAGCAGCAAUUCCAAGAAAGACAAGGAAGCCUUGGAGGACAAGAGGCGAAACCCUAUCCUCAAGUACAUCGGGAAGCCCAAAGGCUCUUCGCAGAGCACAUUUCAUAUUCCCUUGUCCCCUGUGGAAGUCAAACCAGGCAACGUGAGGAACAUCAUUCAGCACUUUGAGAACAACCAGCCGUAUGAUGCCCCAGAGCCCGGGACGCAGCGGCUCUCCACAGGAAGCUUUCCCGAGGACCUGCUGGAAAGCGACAGUUCACGCUCAGAGAUUCGCCUGGGCCGCUCGGAGAGCCUGAAGGGCCGGGAGGAGAUGAAGCGGUCUCGGAAGGCGGACAACGUGCCCCGCUCUCGCAGCGACGUAGACAUGGACGCGGCCGCGGAGGCCGCCCGCCUCCACCAGUCAGCUUCGUCCUCUGCCUCCAGCCUCUCCACCAGGUCUCUGGAGAACCCAACCCCUCCCUUCACCCCCAAGAUGGGCCGCAGGAGCAUCGAGUCCCCCAAUCUGGGGUUCGGUGCAGACGCCCUCCUCCCCCACCUCCUAGAGGACGAUCUGGGCCAGCUGUCUGACCUGGAGCUGGAGCCGGAUGCCCAGAACUGGCAGCACAUGGUGGGCAAGGACGUGGUGGCUGGGCUAAGCCAGAGAGAGAUCGACCGGCAGGAGGUCAUCAACGAGCUGUUUGUGACAGAAGCCUCCCAUCUGCGCACGCUCCGGGUCCUGGACCUGAUCUUCUACCAGCGAAUGAAGAAGGAGAACCUGAUGCCCCGGGAGGAGCUGGCCCGGCUCUUCCCCAACCUGCCUGAGCUCAUAGAGAUCCACAAUUCCUGGUGUGAGGCCAUGAGGAAGCUCCGGGAGGAGGGCCCCAUCAUCAAAGACAUCGGUGACCUCAUGCUGGCUCGGUUUGACGGCCCCGCCCGGGAGGAGCUCCAGCAGGUGGCCGCGCGGUUCUGCUCCCACCAGUCCAUAGCACUGGCGCUCAUCAAGACCAAGCAGCGCAAGGAGAGCCGGUUCCAGCUCUUCAUGCAGGAGGCCGAGAGCCACCCUCAGUGCCGGCGGCUGCAGCUCAGAGACCUCAUCAUCUCGGAGAUGCAGCGGCUCACCAAGUACCCGCUGCUGCUGGAGAGCGUCCUCAAGCACACGGAGGGUGGCACGUCUGAGCACGAGAAGUUGUGCCGGGCCCGGGACCAGUGCCGGGAGAUUCUCAAGUACGUGAACGAGGCCGUGAAGCAGACGGAGAACCGGCACCGUCUGGAGGGUUACCAGAAACGCCUGGACACCACCUCCCUGGAGAGGGCCAGCAACCCUCUGGCGGCGGAGUUCAAGAGCCUGGAUCUGACGGCCAGAAAGAUGAUCCACGAGGGGCCCCUGACCUGGAGGACCAGCAAGGAUAAGACCUUGGACCUGCACGUGCUGCUGCUGGACGACCUCCUGGUGCUGCUGCAGAAGCAGGACGAGAAGCUGCUGCUCAAGUGUCACAGCAAGACGGCCGCCGGCUCCUCGGACAGCAAGCAGACCUUCAGCCCCGUGCUCAAGCUCAACGCCGUGCUCGUCCGCUCCGUGGCCACAGACAAACGGGCCUUCUUCAUCAUCUGCACUUCCGAGCUGGGCCCCCCCCAGAUCUAUGAGCUGGUGGCUCUGACGUCGUCAGACAAGAACACGUGGAUGGAGCUCUUGGAGGAGGCCGUGCGGAACGCCACCGGGCGCCCCGGAGCCGCCCCGGCACCCGCCCAUCCCCCACCCACCGGCGCCCAGGAGCCGGCCCACCAGAGCCUCACACCCAGCAGGGUGGGACUGGAUGGCUCGGAAGUGUUCCACGGCGAACCAGGACCUGAGGAGCUGUCUGGAGGCGUUCCACAGUGGAGGGGGGCCCCCGCCUCCUCCAGCUGGGCGUUUCCAUGGAGAAGGCCACACCCGUGGGAUACCGUGGGUAAAUCUCCUGGUGGACUCCUCACUUCCUUCGGGUCCCUGCAGACGUUGCCUCUGCGGCGACGCGCCUUCUGUGGCCUCGCGGCUGCAGCAGGCCCUGGGCCACAGCAGAGGGUCAAGGGGAAGCACCCGGUCCCGCUAGAGGAUCCCGAGCAGGAGGGCAGCAUAGAGGAGGAGCUGGGUGCCUUGUCCCACCCUCCCGCAGCCCUGGAUGCAGAGAACAGGGGCCGCAGGACCAGGGAUCCCAUCCUCCUGUCCCUCCCAGGACCUCUGGUUAUGGAAGGGCUCGCUGAUGCAGCCCUCCAAGAUGUGGAGAGCCUGAGGCGCCUGAUCCUGUGGGGCCUGCUGCCCGGUCACCCCGCGGAAGCACAGGCGUCCGGAGAGCCCGAGGCCGACCGGACACCCACGCCUUCCCUCAUGAGCAGCGCCUCUCAGCCCCGAGACCCCGGCUCCCCCGGGCCGGAGAGGGAUCAGCCAGAGCAGGAGGACACGGCUCUCUGUUCCCUGGAGCAUCUGCCCCCACGGGCCAGGAAUUCCGGGAUCUGGGAGUCCCCCGAGCUGGACAGGAAUCCAGAGGAAGAGACUUCAAACACAGAGGCAGCAGGAAGCUACAAAGUUGUGAGAAAAGCCGAGGUGGCGGGUGCCACAGCUGUCCCCGCGCUACCCGAGAGUGGCCAGUCGGGGCCUGAGCCAGCCGAAGCAGAAGGCGGAGCCGAGGCUGCGGGGAACUGUUUUUACGUCAGCAUGCCAGCGGGACCCCCAGACUCAAGCACCGACCCCUCGGGGGCACCCACAAGCCCCGCCCAGCCCGACAGCCUCCCUGACUGGCAGACGGAGCCUCGGCCCCGGUGCCAGGGCGGCCACAGGCGCCCCAGCCGCUCCCCGCCCGGCCUGGCCCUCAGGGACGCGAGCAGCAUCUUCCACACCAUCGAGCAGCUCACCAUCAAGCUCCACAGGCUCAAGGACAUGGAGCGCGCCCACAGAGAGCUGCUCAGGUCCCUCGGGGGAGACUCGUCUGGUGGCACCACACCCGUGGGCAGUUUCCACGCAGAGGCGGCCAGAUGGACAGACAGCUCCCUGUCCCCUCCGGCCAAGGAGCCCCUGGCCUCAGGCUCCAGGGACAGGCACCAGCCAGGGCCGUGCUCUGAGGACGGCUCCGACGCACCCCUGGAAGAGUGCACGACCCACGCAGCCUCGUGCCCAGGACUCUAACUGUCCAAACACCACAUCCUCCGCGUCCCCACUCCCCCCGGGGACUGGCCUGAGGCAGGGGCACAGGGCAGCGGGACCCCAGACCUCCGCCCCGCAGUAGAGGCGGUCUAGCCGAGACCCCACAGGAGACCCGCAUGUCCCUUGGUCCGCUCAGGUCUGGGUCAAAUUUCAGUGCGUUCCUGCCUCCCCAGCCCCGUCCACAGCCUGGCGCCCUGAGCAUGCCGGCUGCACCCAAACGGCCCCCCAGACACGCAGGUGGCAGGAGGAGGCUCUGUGUACGUGCACUUUCUUCCUCCCCUCCCCUCUUCGCGGGACCCCGGGGCUGGGGUGGGGUGCCCGCACCCCUGCCCUCCUUGUCACUUUGGUUUCCUAUAAAUAUGUAUGUACCAUACGUGCAUCUUGCUUUGUAAAUAACCGAGCGGUUUCUGUCAUCGGGGUGCCGGAGGCAGUCACAGAGGGCAGCUUGUGUCCUAACAGCCCAGCCCUGGGAGGGUCAGAGCUGAGCACGCCGGUCCCCUGCGGGCAGGAAGGUGUCCCAGCCCACCUGGCCUGAGAGCCCCGCCUCUGCGGCCCAGGCCAGAGCUGCUCCCUCCUGCGGUUCUCUUCAGGGGGAUUCCGGACCCCACCUCUGUCUGCCCGUCCCCACCCUGUCCCUGUAGAAAACCAGUGUAUCAGGUACGGCCCUGAAAACUGGGCCCCAGGAGGUGGGGUGGGGGUUUGAAUGCUGGAGUCCCUGAACCUAACCCAGGACCGUCCCCAGGGGCCCCACAGCAUUGGCCCCUGUUGCCGGGCCAACCCCCCACCCUAAUAAAAUAUACACACUGUGCUAGGUGUAUAUAUACAUAUAUAUAUAAAUAUAUAUAUAAUAUAUAAAAUAUAGAGAUGGAAAUGACUGUUUUCCUGUUAAAAUAAUGUAUACUCUUUCUUUCAUGGUUAAGAUUUUUUUUUUUAAGAAAAGUUAAAUAUUCUUCAACCGUG